AUGCCACUGUGGUACGAACUAUGAAACUCUUGCGGGUUUUGGAUACAGUGCGGAUACCCACAUUCGGAAGGUUGGAAUUCGCAGUAGCGCCCCUUCUCGAAAAGAGGGCGAUCACUAAAUCAGCACAACCAGGGAGUUCCCGGCUGCCGGAUUGAAAAUGGAUCGGGUGCGACCCGGAGUGCCCGAUAGCUUAGAAGCUUCACUGAUGCAAAUGAUCAACGAUCACCAUGAUAAGUCUCUCAAGCUCCGGGCCUUUACGGAGCAAUCAAAGAAAGAUGCGGUUCAUAGCGCGACUCGGGUUUCGGAUCUUUUGGUCGACGCCGUGAACGGCGAUGUCCAAGAGGCUUACGCCAUAGAGAAAAAAAUAGAAAUGGAAAUUCGAGCUCUGGCGGCCUCCAUUAUGCGAUUCGGAAAGCAAACGGAUCAGUGGCUAGGGGCUUCUCAGGCUAUCAACACCGCAAUCAAGGUAUUCAUUCACUUUAUCCAUCAUUCCAUUGUUUCGAUUGUAAGGUUCAAUUUUCUAUGUAGACGUACUUAUAUUUGAUCGUUUCAUUGUUAUGCAUGGAUAUUUCGUUUUUUCGCAGUUCACAUAUCAAACUGUUGAAUUCCUCUAAUUGGAUAAAUGUGUUUCAAUCUUUGGAAGUUUACAUUUCAAAGGAGUGAGAAAAUCCUGUAAAGAUUUUCUUCAACCGCCCAUAGUAACUGGUUAGAAGUGUUUUGAUCUAUGUUGCACGAAAACGCGAAAACCAUGAGGAAACGUGAAACGGGAAACGUCAACUUUGCUCAAAAAUGCUUAUUUUGAGAGUUUCCAAAGAGUUUCCGUAGCGGAAACAUAUUACCCGAGAGUUUCCGUGCUACAUAGGUUUUGAUAGCUUGUCAUGAAACUCUAGGGGUGUCCUUACUUAUGAUUCGAUAGCAUUUUUAAAGAUUGAGUUUUUCAUGGAUUUUUAUGGAAUUGAAUAGAAUCUAUUAGAUUCCAUGGAAUUGAAAAUCAUUCUGAAAAGUAAUUCUCAGCAGCUUCGACACAUAGGUUUGUCGCCACCCCCACGAAGCCCCAACUUCUCUUUCACUGUUUUGUUUGCCUGCUUCAUAGGUGGGUGCAGCUUCCGCAGCCGAAAAAUGAGAGAUGGAUGGGCAACAUAUUGUUAGGAUAUAAUUCAAUAUUUCCAAAUACUUUGUGAAAUUGUAGAGAAUUCUAGGAUUAUGUGGAGAUGAGUAGAAUUCUCUAGAAUAUUGUGGAAUUAUCUAGAAAAUAUAGUACUCUAUAGAUGUGUGUAGAAUGUUAUAGAAUAUUCUAGAAUACUCUAGUCUCUAGAGAAAUGUAGAAAUCUCUAGAAAUAUGUAGAAGGUUGUACAGUAGUCUAGAGUGUUCUAAAUAAGUGUGGAGUCAUCUAGAUUCUUUAAGAAGAUAUUGGAAGCUUGUGGAGGCUUCUUGAAAGAAUUUAGAAUGUAGAGAGGCAGGUGCAAGAUUUUAGAGAAAGGGAAUCCCUACCCCCUUGUGAGUAGUAUAAAUAGAUGUUGUAGCCUUUCAUUUGUGGCAUGAAAGAAAUGCUUCUCAUAAGUGAUGAAGAAUGAAGUAUUCCCAACUAGAAAGUGUGAAGUGAGGUGCCCGUUCAUUUGUACACUCACUUGUAAAUUUCAAUUAUAUAAUAUAAGAGUUUUCUUAGCUCUUGAUCCUAGUAAAGGUCGGGGUGUCGUGUUUUCCCUAACACAUAUAUCCAACGAGGUGGAACCGUCGGAGCUCUCAUCCUAGACUUCCAAUUCCAUUGAUGUAGCCAGCAAGCUCGUUCUGGUGAGUCACUUGGAAAUAUAUUGCUUCUCGCUUUGCUUCUCCACGGGAAAUUCGUUGAAAUCUGAAGGGAAUGCAGAGAUUUUGAACCGUAUUCUUUCCUUUGCAUUUUAGAUUUGAAAUCCAUGGAAAUCCUUAGCAAUCCAAGAGAAAGAAUCCAUGGACAUUUUGAGGACAACAGAUUUUGCCAGAUUCCAAGAGACUCUACAUUGGGGACAGUGGAUUUCUAUGGAUUUCAACAAUCCGAAGGGAAUUUCAACAAUCCUUUAAAAUCUCAUGGAAUCCUAAGCUUUGAGCACUUAUAUAGCCAUGUGUGGUAUCAUGAAAUUAGGAAAAAGUCGCAGCACAUAAGAGGUCUGAUCUUUUCCCAAGAAAAUACAUGCUUGGAUAUAGCACGAAACUUUGUUAGAGAUUGUUUGUUUGCCAUGCAGAUUAGCAGUUCCCCUAGAAAAUAAAAGGUGAGGAUUGACUCCUGCAUGUCACACCAAAAACCUAUUAGCUACAAAAAGAAAGCUGUUUUAUUUUCCUCCUUGGGUGAUGGGUGGGAUUUGGAUUAUAUGGAAAGUAUGAUUGCUUUUCUGGGAGAGUACUUUCGAGAUGAUUCAGGUGAAUAUCCAAACACCCUCUUAUAGAUCAAUAUUACCCUCCCAUAAAACUUUUUGGCCUCUGGAGAUCCCCUAUGGAUGGGGUGCAUCGUCUUUUUGAGUAAGUGGUGUCUAUUUUCUCUUCAAUUAGUUUGAUUUGGCCGAAGCAUUUAUCUGUUACCUGUACAUCAUCAUACAUUCAUACACAAUUAAAGUUCAAAUAGUGAAGGGUUAGCGUGAAAUCUGUUUGGGGUGCAUCCUUUUUUAAUGGGGUGCAUCCUUUUUUGAGUAAUUGGUGUCUAUUUCUCUUCAAUCAGUUUGAUUUGGCUUAAGCAUUUAUCUGUUGUUAGGUUGUGUUUGGGUAUUAUUAAUAUAGAUACUAGAUAGUGUCAUUAUUCUAAAGCUGGACUGAUGGACUACAUGAAGACGAUCUUUUGAUUUUUGGCAAAAAAACAUUUCAAACCUCUGAUAUACUGUCACUAAUAAUUACGAUUUGAAUCAUACUUUCAUAUAGAAAGGGUGCACAAACGCAGUGAGUGCCUUCAUGUGUGUUUGAGAUGUGCAGGAAAUAGGAGACUUUGAGAAUUGGAUGAAGACAAUGGAAUUUGAUUGCAGAAGUAUCACUGCUGCAAUCUGCAACAUUCACCAAGCAUAGUAUACCAUUGAUAAUUUGAUACCAAACUACUAUGUCUCUUAUUGAUACCUAAUGGGUAUAAAAACAUGAUUUUUUUAUUGAUACUAAUAGUUAGUAAGUGUAUGUAUAGUGUGCACAUGCACUUCUACCGAAUUAGGAUGUUUCUAUUUAGAUUAAAAUUUUCUAAUGUGAUUCGAUUUGUUUAAUUUUGAUCGGAACUGAUUUGAUAAAGUGUGUUUUAUAUGUAUUUUAUUAAACCAAGCAUUCCAGCCCAGCUGGUUGUUAAGUCUACCUUUUGUUGAUCUAAUAAUCUGAUUUAUUCAGGUCC